CCUUCCGCCCUCCCCGGCGCGGGGCUGCAUCCCUGCUCGGUCCGACGUGUGGAUUGUAUCCGGACCCGAUGCCCUCGGGCGCGUCCCGCUUUGCAUUCUUGUGCGCGGGGCGCGGCUCGGCGUCCUUUGGGAUUCCGGGCGCGGGCGACCCUUCCUUGCGAGGAGCGGCGCCGGGGGCGGGAUCCAGCGGGAAGGCAGCGGCGCGGAGGAUGUGAAGCCUCGCCAGUAGCCCUUCCCUGCCCGAGCUCUGGGUGCCGCCUUUGUCUCUUCUGCCUCGCCGCCCGGCCCGCAGACCGCGCCGCGGCUCGACAUGGUGGGCGCCGGGAGGAGGGCGAGGGCGAGAGCAUGAAGGCUGCAGGAUGGGCGCGAACAAUGGCAAGCAGUGCGGCAGCGACGGUAAAGGCAGCUCAAGCCUGUCAUCCGACGUGAGUUCAAGUACAGAUCACACCCCAAGCAGAACACAAAAGAAUGCCGCAACCAGUGAAGAUUCCGACCUGAGCACGCGCACCCUCAGCACGCCCAGCCCAGCCUUGAUAUGUCCUGCGAACUCGCACGGCGUGCAGAAUGGCCGAGGCUCUUCCACCUCCUCCUCUUCUGUCACGGGGGAGACCAUCGCCAUGGUCCACUCCCCUCCACCAACCCGCCUCACCCACCCCCUCAUCCGGUCGGCCUCGCGGCUUCAGAAGGAGCAGGCCAGUAUCAACCGGCUCACGGACCACUCCAUGAUCCAGAUCUUCUCCUUUCUGCCCACCAACCAGCUGUGCCGCUGUGCCCGCGUAUGCCGCCGCUGGUAUAACCUCGCCUGGGACCCGCGGCUCUGGAGGACGAUUCGCCUGACGGGCGAGACUGUCCAUGUGGACCGGGCCCUGAAGGUGCUGACCCGGCGGCUUUGCCAGGACACCCCCAACGUCUGCCUCAUGUUGGAGACAGUAAUUGUCAGUGGCUGCAGGCGGCUCACGGACAGAGGACUCUACACCAUCGCUCAGUGCUGCCCAGAACUGAGGCAGCUGGAGGUGUCGGGCUGCUACAACAUCUCCAAUGAGGCAGUCUUCGACGUGGUCUCGCUGUGUCCGAACCUGGAGCACUUAGAUGUAUCAGGUUGCUCCAAAGUGACCUGCAUCAGCCUAACCCGUGAAGCAUCCAUCAAAUUAUCUCCGUUGCAUGGCAAACAGAUCUCUAUCCGCUACCUGGACAUGAGUGACUGCUUCGUCCUUGAGGAUGAAGGACUGCACACCAUUGCCGCCCACUGCACUCAGCUGACGCACCUCUACCUGCGCCGCUGUAUCCGCAUCACUGACGAGGGCCUCCGAUACCUGAUGAUUUACUGCACGUCCAUCCGCGAGCUGAGUGUGAGCGACUGCCGCUUUGUCAGUGACUUCGGCAUGCGUGAGAUUGCCAAGCUGGAGUCCCGCCUGCGGUACCUCAGCAUCGCCCACUGUGCCCGCAUCACUGAUGUGGGGAUCCGUUACAUCACCAAGUACUGCAGCAAGUUGCGCUACCUCAACGCACGGGGCUGUGAGGGCAUCACGGACCACGGAGUGGAGUACCUUGCUAAAAAUUGCACAAAACUCAAGUCACUAGACAUCGGGAAAUGCCCACUGGUCUCUGAUGUCGGCCUUGAGUUUCUGGCUCUGAAUUGCUUCAACUUGAAACGGUUGAGCCUGAAGUCGUGCGAGAGCAUCACUGGACAAGGCCUGCAGAUCGUUGCGGCCAACUGCUUUGACCUGCAGAUGCUGAAUGUGCAGGACUGUGAGAUCUCGGUGGAAGCACUGCGGUUUGUCAAACGCCACUGCAAGCGCUGCAUAAUAGAGCACACCAAUCCUGCCUUUUUCUGAAGUGGCUCUUCACUCUUCCUGAUGAAAGCAAGUAUUAAAAAUGUUUGUAUGUACAUGCACACAGACUAUCCAUCUACAGCAGCUCUGCCUUCUUUGUGCCAGAGGUGGGAAACAUAAAACUUAGCAUCUGCAUUGGGUCCUGAAGGCACUUUUUAGUGGCCUUGCUGAAAUAUUAAAAUGCCAGCAUUUAUGAUUUUUUGUAAAUGGUAACCCUCUAGCCUUGGUGGCAAUGAGAUACAUUUGUGGGUGUAGAGUUCAGAAACUCAGAGGCAAGGAAAUUAAGUCCUGGGUUGUCAAUUGGUUCAAAUGUCAUGAGUCCCUGUUGUGUGAGGGUGAACAGCAGCCAUGGACCAUUGAAUCCAAUGUGAAAAGCCCCAUUGCUUUCAAUGGAACUGAGGACUACCCUGAGCCGAAAUGGUGCCGCAAGCGUUUAGCCCAGGCUGCCUGGUGAGGGAGGCAGGAGGGCGGGAGGGAUGGGCGGAGGGCAAAAUGGCUGCUGGCGGUCAGGGGGGCCACGGCGGCCAGGCAGUUUGCCCUCCAGCUCUGGUGUACCAGCCGUGGUAAUUAUGCAGGUGACAGCAAAUGAGCUGUUGGCCCAGUCUGCCUGCCCCUGCUCCUCACGCCUCUCCAGAACCCCGACGAAAGCUUUUCUCCCAGAGAGUGUCAGCGUUCCCUGUCCUUCCUGUGCAGCCGAGCAUUUCAUGGAUACUUUGCCUUUUGGCAAAUGCUUUCCCAGUUUCUGUCCGGUGAGGCACUCGGUGGCCUUAGAUAGGAAGACCAAUUCAGACAGAUUCCCAGGCAUGCAGUUGCCUCCGGCUUACAAGUGAAGGCUCAGUGGCCGAAAAUGCCUCAUGCAGGAAGAUACAGGAAGCGAAAUGCCCUGCCUUAGUUUCAUUUGAAAAGGAAACUUUGGGAAGUAGGCUGCCUCCAGAUGGCAUUGUUAGUGUGGCCUGUUUUGGAGCAACCAUCCACAUGUUAAGAACCCAAACUUAAUCAUGAAUAAUUGCAGUAAUCUUCACUCAGAGCAUAAAGCUGUCAAAAUGAAGCACUUUUAAGUCCCAGUGAUGGCAGCGAGAGUGCAAAGGCUGCGCUUACAUUUACUCCACUACUUCAGCGGGACUUGCGGAAUAGCUCAUAGCACGAUUAUUUACGUGGGGAAUGGAAUCCUUUGGACGAAAGCUCUCCCUCCCUCCCCCAUAUACACACUCUUUUCUUGUCGGAAACCCGGCAGCCCUCGCCAGCCUCCGUGACGGUCAGGGAUUGUGUGAGUCGGAGCCCAGGAGAGGCACAGCUGAGCUUGCUGGCCAGUCCGCCGUAGCCACAUCAGUGCGUGUGGAGACAUGCUGGUCCAUUCUUUCAAUAUGGCGUUGCACUUCCAUGGGCUGAAACAUGUAACAUCUUUCCAUUUUACACUAUAAAUCCAGUAUCUUUGUCCUAUGAAAGAAAGGCCAAGUGGCACAGUAGCCUCAAACUAAGUUUUUAAGGGGAAAAGACUGUAUCAGCUGGCAACCAUUCCAUUUUUCUCUAGCCAUUGAGGGGAUGACUGUCUCCUACACAGAGCUUCAGGCCAGAAGUCAAAUCUGGCACACUGAGAUUCCCCAGAAGUUUGUGCCCCUUCUCUGGCUCUUCUCCCCGACCCCCCAGCCACUAAUCAUUUGAUGGGUUCUUGGCUUUUAUGCAAUUCCCCCUCAUUCUAAAAUGGUUAAAUGCCCUUAUAGGAGAUUAGUUGCUGGCAAUAGCAGCAUCCAGCAAAGAUAAGCUGGUGUGCUGGGUGCGGCCCCUUCCUGCCCUUGGCCGUGCCCAGCCCUGGCAUGUUUCACCUAAGAACUUCUCCAAAAUGGAAGUCGGCCUUCAGGCAGGAAGAGGUUUUGCACCCAAUUUGAAACAGUGAUAUCUUAUCCCUGCCGGCUGUUCUCUUCACUAUACUUAGCUCACAGCAAGGAUAUAUUUAGACUUAAGACUUAGACUUUGUCUGGAAGGAAAGCUGGUUGUGAACUGAACUGUGCCUUUUGCACACAUAAGGGCUGAAGCAAAGUUUACUUUUUCUUUGAAGAAAGUCUGUAUCUUGCCAGCUCUGCUAAGAGGAAAAGGUUAACAUUACUUGGUUCUGAAAGGGCUUUAAUGUUUAGAAUGCCUUGUACUGUGUGACCAACUAUAAAGCCUUAAUUUCUACUACCAACAAAUAAAGCAAUAUAUUG